CCGAGGGGCAGAGAAGGGGCCGGGAACAUGGUGCCGCUGAGAGACUGCAAGGCCUGGCAGGAUGCUGGACUUGUCCUAUCCACCACUAGUAAUGAGGCCUGCAAACUGUUUGAUGCUACGCUGACUCAGUAUGUCACAUGGACCAAUGAUAAGAGUCUAGGAGGCAUUGAAGGAUGUCUCUCCAAGUUACUAGCAGCAGAUCCAACUUUUACGAUGGGACACGUGAUUGCUAAUGGCUUGGUUCUGAUUGGCACUGGAACUUCAGUGAGGUUAGACAAAAAGCUGGACAGUGCGAUGAAAAAGAUGAUGGCACUUUCAGAAUCGCAACCACUGACUGAGAGGGAGAAGCUACACGUUUCUGCACUUGACAUGUUUGCCAGUGGGCGUUUUCCCAAAGCUUGUGAUGUAUGGGAUCAAAUUCUACGGGACCAUCCAACUGACAUACUAGCGCUCAAAUUUGCCCAGGCCACUUACUUUUACAUGGGAUGUCAAACACAGAUGCGAGACUCUGUGGCCCGUGUUUAUCCUUACUGGACACCUGAUAUUCCUCUUAGUAGCUAUGUGAAAGGCAUAUACUCCUUUGGACUGAUGGAAACUAAUUAUUUUGAUCGUGCUGAAAAGCUUGCUAAUGAGGCCUUAGCUAUAAACCAGUCAGAUGCAUGGUCUGUCCAUACCAUAGCACACAUAAAUGAAAUGAAAGCAGACCUGAAGAAUGGGUUGACAUUUAUGAAGCAAACUGAAAACAACUGGAAGGACUGUGACAUGCUUGCUUGCCAUAAUUACUGGCACUGGGCUUUGUAUUUUAUUGAAAAGGGUGAUUAUGAGGCUGCUUUGACAAUUUAUGACAAUCAUAUUGCUCCUGCAUGCCUGUCAAACAGAAGUAUGUUAGCUGUGCUAGAUAACUGCUCCAUGUUGUACCGGCUUCAGUUGGAAGGUGUAAAGGUGGGAGACAGAUGGAAUGAAGUUAUCCCUCUUGCAAAGAAGCACACCAAAGAUCAUGUUUGGCUUUUCAAUGAUGUCCACAUUCUCAUGUCUUUGCUUGGGGUCAAAGACCACAAAACCACCAGUGAGCUCUUAACAACUCUUCAGGAACUUGCCAAAGCACCUGGUGAAGACCAUGAGCUUAGUUUGGCUCCAGAAUUGGGGUUGCCACUUUGCCAGGCUUUGGUAGAGUUUGACAAUGGAAAUUAUGACAAGACAGUAGAAUUACUUUAUCCAGUUCGCUACGAACUCCUGCAGAUAGGAGGCAGCAAUGCUCAGAGAGAUGUUUUCAGCCAGCUAUUGAUUCAUGCUGCUUUAAAUUGUAAAUCAAAAGCCUAUCAAAAACUGGCUAGAUGCCUCCUGGCAGAACGUGAUGGGUUGAGACCAAAUUCACCAUUGACUGAGCGACUUAUUCGGAAAGUAUCAGCUGUUCAUGCGAUGGGAUGA